AUGAGCGACCCACUAUAUAGGACAUCGUGCCGCACACAACUUACAAAGUUGUGUAAUCAGAUCAAUAAUUAUUUGAACGAGCCUGAUAACAUUACUGAAGAAGGUCUGGCUAUUAACCUGAAGCGGCUUCAGAACGCCCACGAAAAGUUGAAAAAGGCUGAUGAAAUGGUUCAGGAUGACAAAGAUUUUGACAUAGUAAUUGAUUAUGAUGACAAAGCAAUAGCAGUUAUUGCGAAACUUGAAUACAACAUACAGCGGCUGAAGAUUUCCAGCAACGAACCAUUUCACUCAGACCUUAAGGAAAGUAUAAUUCAGGGCUUUGAAAAUUCCAAUAACAGUAAUGGAGUCAGACUUAAACCUAUAGAAUUGAAAAAAUUUAACGGAGCAUUUGAAAGUUGGUUGCCCUUUUGGGAGCAAUUUAAAGUAGCUGUACAUGAUAAUAAAAAGCUAGAUGCAGCAACAAAAUUUAAUUAUUUAAAUGAAGCGUUAGUCGGUGAAGCAGCGGCGAAAAUAGCGGGAUUCAUUCCAACAGAAGCAUGUUACAAAGACGCUUUAAAUUUGUUGUUGGAAGAAUAUGGAGACAGAGAAAAGAUAAUCGAAAAGUACAUCCAAAUUCAACCUGUACAUUCAUCAUCAAAUAUAAAAGGUUUACGAAAACAUAUCAGAAUUGAAGUAGAAGCAUUAGAAAAAGCAACAAUGUCAACUCACUGCAAUGCAGAUAAAAGGGAAAAUGACAAAACAAAGACAGCACGAGGCACAGCCGUUGGUUUAUAUUCUUCUGAACAAAUUUACAGAAAUUGCAUUUUUUGUAAACGCGCAAAUCAUAAUACAAGUGAUUGCAAACACAAAACAAUUGGAAUUAAUCAAAAGAAAAAUAUAUUAAAAGGUCAAGGUAGGUGCUUCAGAUGUGGUAAGGCAAAUCAUACUUCUACAUUUUGUAAAAAUCAGUGGAUAAAAUGUUCCAUUUGCAGUGGUCGCCAUAUGAGUGCCAUUUGUGAGAAUAAAACGUUUAAAUUAAACAGCGUAGACAAUUUGGUUGAACGCCAAUCGGUAACAACUACAACGGAAAAACCAGCAUUGCCUGAAACGAGCACAUCAAAUUCAUCAGCAGCUCUGAACACAAUGUCAAAUGUUGGAAAAAAUGAAGUUUAUUUACAAACCGCUAAAGCGAUAGUUUCAAGUGAUGAAUCUAAAUGUUUAACAAGAGUGAUUAUGGACAAUGGAAGUCAAGGAACAUAUGUUACCGAAUAUUUGGCAAAGCAGCUACAAUUACCGGUUGUAGGUAUUGAUAACACACGAAUUAUUUCGUUUGGCCAAAGUAGCCACAAUAGAAAAGUUAAGCAAAUAAAACGUGUAAUAUUAAAAGUGCAAAGCCAAUAUUCCGAUGAAAUUAAAGAAAUUUAUGCUUCAGUUGUGCAAAAUAUAUGUGCUGAUGUUAUACCAGUUCCUGGUGACAUAUAUGAUAAAAUUAAAAACAUGGCUGAAAAUGUAGUCACAAAUGUAAAACAAAUGACUGGUAUUAAUUUAUUAAUUGGCCAAGACAAUUAUUGGCAAUUCAACUCUGAUAAUUGUGAAUAUAUUACUGAGAAUUUGGUUGCAGUUGAAACAUUUUUCGGUUGGACAAUUCAAGGCUGUUCAGAUAAUCAAACUCAAACGAAAUAUGUAUUGAAUGUUAUCGAAGAUUCAAACGAUUUUGACGUUUCUAAAUUUUGGGAUUUAGAAUCCGUUGGGAUUAAAUCAUACCCCGAAUGUACAAAACCUCUUAAAAAAGCAAAUUUAGCGAAAAUUAAUGGACGUUAUACUGUAAGCCUACCAUGGAAAUAUGAUAAGGAUGUCUACCUUCAUAAUAAUAAAAAUAAUGCUCUAAAUCGACUCAAAACUCUUAGUUCUAAAUUAUUUAAAGAUCAUAAUAAACUAAUCGAAUACGACACUGGAAUACACGAGCUAAUUAAGUCUGGAAUAGCAGAGGAAGUACCAGAUGGCCAUAGUAAUGAGAGAACAUAUUACAUGCCGCAUCGUCCAGUGUACAGAGAAGAUAAAAUUACAACAAAAAUGCGCAUUGUGUUCGACGCCUCUUCAAGUAACCCAGGAAUGGAUCCCUCAAUGAUAUGCUUGAUUCAGAAUGAUAGAGAUAGUCAUCGUUUCCUCUGGUAUAAAAAUUUAAGAGAUGAUAACAAAUCAGCGGAAAUUGCAACUUAUCGAAUGGCAAGGGUAACUUUUGGUGUAACAUCUAGUCCUUUCUUGUUAGCGUCGACAAUGCAGCAACAUCUGCAAGACGACUUAAUAAUUAGUAUAUCAACUGUUCAAGAAGCUGAAUAUUUAUACCUCAUAGCAACGAAAAUAAUGAAAAUAGGUGGUUUUAAUUUGCGGAAAUGGACCUCCAACAGCGAAGACUUACGACGAAAAUUUGAAGAAAAUAAUAAAGAGCAGCAUCCGAUACAAAAGGUGCUUGGCGUUUUAUGGAACAUUUAUGAAGAUAAUUUAUUUAUAAAUUUAGAUCACUGUAUAGAGAUUUCUCGGAAUUUAAGACCCACUAAACGCAAUGUAUUAAAGAUUAUGGCUGGAGUUUAUGAUCCCUUAGGAUUUUUAGGUCCGUUUACUGUAAAAAUCAAAACACUUUUGCAGAGGAUAUGGAAAGAAAAUUUAGACUGGGACUCUACCUUACCUGAAAGCUUAGCGGAUGAUUUUAAUAAAUGGUGUGAUGAUUUACAUAAUUUAAAAUAUUUUACUAUUAGUCGAUGCCUGAUGCGAGCCCGAUUGCAUACGGAGCUGUUGCAUACCUACGAGAAAUUUUGUCUAGUGGCGAAUUAUUUACAAGCCUUAUAUGUUCUAAAAACAGAGUAA